AGCAAAUCACUCGGUUUGAAUUAAUUCAAGUUAACCAGAUCAAAACCGAAACCGGUUUAAUUAUACUACAUCGUUUCGUUCUGAUUUAGGGUUUAUGUGAGUUUUAACUUUGCUUGAGAUAUUCCACUCUCUGCCAACAACGACGACUCGAGUACUCGACUCGGGGCCAAAGAUUCUCAAAGCUUUCGAGCUCAAAUCAACAGCUAACAUGGUUGCAGGCGGCAAAGAAUCUUCCUUAAUGAUGAAGAAGAACAAGAGAAGCCAUAAGAGAAAACGAGAGGAGGAUUUCGAACGCAUAGAUUCACUUCCGUGGAGCUCUUCUAUACCUAUCGGAGAAGACGACGAAGGCGAAACCUUCUCCACUCUGUUUUCAGGUUCAGGCCAGCUCGACGGAGGUUUUCUUUCACUUGAGGAGAUUGAUGAAGCUGAUUACCAUCUAGCUCUUCCUACGAUUGAAAAUGGAAUAACAGAGACAAAACAAGCUCAAGAAGACGAUGAUGAUACCAGCGAGACUGUUGAUGAGAUAAUUGAAGGUGGAGAAGAAGAAGAUGGAGAAGAAGGUGGAGAAGAAAUGGAAGACGAGGAUGACUCGGAGAGUCGUAAGAUAAGAGAGAAGAAAACUAAGAAGAAUAAGGAGAAGAAAAAGGAGAAGAAGAAGAAGAAACAAAAGAAGAUUAAGGAGGCUGAAAAGGAUCAGGAGACUUCUGCUGUUAGCUGUGAUGAAGAUUACAAAGUAGAGGAGCAAGUUGAGGGAGAAGAGAUUCCUCCGGAAUUUAGUGCAUGGAGUUUGAUGAGACUCCAUCCACUACUCAUGAAGUCAAUAUACCACCUUGGAUUCAAGCAGCCGACAGAAAUUCAGAAGGCUUGUUUUUCCAUUGCAGCAUAUCAGGGAAAGGAUGUUAUUGGUGCUGCGGAGACAGGAUCUGGAAAGACUCUUGCUUUUGGGUUGCCCAUACUGCAACGCCUCUUAGACGAACGGGAAAAGGUUGGUAAAUUGUAUGCAUUGAAGGGAGAAAAAGCACAGAAAUAUGCUGCAGAUGGCUAUUUACGAGCUCUAAUCAUCACUCCAACUAGGGAACUUGCUCUUCAGGUGACGGAUCAUCUUAAGAAUGCUGCCGAGAAUCUCAAUGUCAAGGUCGUUCCUAUUGUUGGUGGGAUGUCAUCAGCGAAGCAGGAAAGACUUUUGAAAGGGAAACCUGAAAUAGUUGUUGGAACUCCAGGAAGGUUGUGGGAACUUAUGUCCGCUGGAGAAAAGCAUCUUGUAGAGCUGCAUUCCUUAUCGUUCUUUGUGUUGGACGAGGCUGAUCGCAUGGUUGAAAGUGGUCAUUUCAGGGAGCUGCAGUCUAUAAUUGACUUGCUUCCAGUGACAGAUAGACCAAAUGAAGGGAAAAUGCAAACUGUGCAGAGUAGUGACACAGUUUCCAAUGCCCCGAAGAAGAAAAGACAAACUUUUGUUUUCUCAGCUACCAUAGCGCUGUCUUCGGAUUUCCGUAAAAAGCUAAAGCGUGGCUCCUCGAAGUCAAAGCAAUCAUCAUCUGGUGAAGUGAAUUCUAUUGAGGUUUUAUCUGAACGAGCUGGAAUGAGAGAUAGUGUUGCCAUCAUUGAUCUGACAACUGCAUCUAUUUUGGCACCAAAGAUUGAAGAAUCUUUUAUUAAGUGCGAAGAGGAGGAAAAAGAUGCUUACUUGUAUUAUAUUUUGAGCGUCCAUGGACAAGGGCGUACAAUUGUUUUCUGUACAUCAGUGGCAGCUUUGCGGCAUAUCUGUGCGCUUUUAAAGAUUCUUGGACUCGAUGUUUGCAAACUCUUCUCAGAUAUGAAGCAGCGAGCUCGGUUGAAGGCAAUCGACCGUUUCCGAGCAAGCGAAAAUGGCAUACUCAUAGCAACAGAUGUUGCAGCAAGGGGUAUUGAUAUUAAGAAUGUCCGAACUAUUAUUCACUACCAACUUCCACAUUCGGCAGAAGUAUAUGUACAUAGAAGUGGGAGGACUGCUAGAGCAUUCGCAGAUGGAUGCAGUAUAGCUUUGAUUGCUCCAAGUGAUUCGUCCAAGUUUUACACGUUAUGCAAGUCAUUCUCUAAGGAAACCGUAAAGAUAUUCCCUUUGGAUAGCUCUUAUAUGCCAGCUGUGAGGAAGCGAUUGUCUCUAGCACGUCAAAUAGACCAGAUUGAGCGGAAAGGCUCGCGGGAGAAAGCAGACAGGACCUGGCUUGAAAAGCAUGCUGAAUCGAUGGAACUCGAAUUGGACGAUGACGAAAGUGAAGAGGAAAGAGUGGACAAUGUCAGGCAGAGAAAAGCGACCUCAGCACAACUUAAUAAGCUGCAGGAGGAACUUAGCUCGCUCUUAUCACGUCCGAUGCAGCCCAAGAAAUUUUCAGGCCGUUACUUUGCUGGGGCUGGUGUGUCGACUCUUAUGCAGAAUCAGUUUACAGAGUUAACGAAACAAAAACAACUACAAAUGCAAACUGGUGGAGAUAAAAAGAGAAGAAAACUUGUUGUCAUUAACCAGAACUGCAUCGAACCUCUUCAAGCCCUUCGUGCUGGUGGUAACGAGAUGAUGAAAAUGAAAGGUCAGAGUGCAGACAAGAGGCGCGAUAUAGCGAGCUUGAGGAAGAAGAGAAAGGAAGAGAAGAUAGGUCGGCGUGAUCAGCGAAGGGACCAGAAGAAAAAGAGAAAACUAAUGGCUUCUUCUUAAGUAUGCCUUUUUCCAAAUUUUCUUUAUCUGAUCAGAUUUUUGACCUUAUUAUAUGAGUUAUAAACCAUAAAUGUAAACUUGUGCAUGUCACUCAUUUUUAUCUUUAAAGAACGGUUCAAUCUCCCAACUCUUUGAUCAACUUGCUCAUGUCACUAUAAUAAUCUAGUUUAGGAGAU